CUUGGCCAAUAAUUUUGACUUGACAGCUUGUACUCGUUUUUUUCUCAAUAUAAAUCAUGACUGUCUUGAAUUGGGAGAAUGUUCUUGAGUUCAGUGCGAAUAAUUUGACCGAAGAUUUGAAAGAUGAGCUUGGCAGUGAAUUGGUCAAGUGUGACAUUGAAUCACAGUCUGAUGUUUCAAAACUACAGCACAUGCUCAAAAUUUCUCAGCAAAUUUUGCUGUACAAAAAUGAACAGGUUGAAGCUCUGACAACAGAAAUUGAUAACCUUGCUGCACAUCAGGGAGAAUAUGAAGUACAGAAUCGGCAAAGUUUGCAGGAGGAAAUUGAUCAGCUUCGAGCGCAACUAUCUCAGGCUGCCAGAUUCAAAGACCUCUCCAAAGAUGACAGUAAGCAUAUCUGUAAAUUUUCCCCCAACCUCUGA